CAUGGUGAGGCUGGUUCAACAGACAUAGAGUCACUUCAGAUUGACAAGGCUUCUAUCAAAGAGAAGAUAGAGGCUUAUAGCGCUUGUGACAUCUAUAACUUUGAUGAAACAGCACUUUUCUAUACCACCCUACCAAGAACAACGAUUUCCCGCCAGAAAUUUUCUGGUUGGAAGGAAAAUAAAAAGCAGCUUACAGUAGACCCUUUGUGCAAUGCCAAUGGAACAGACAAGUAG